AUGGCUUUCCACCUAAGAUCGAUAAGUUUGCCUUCUAGGCCUCACAUCAGUGAGACGGAAGUCGAACAAGAGCUGCUGAGCCUAGAGGCUAGCAUCUCUUCCUCCAUUACCAUCGGCACAAUGUGCGAGGGUCUUAUGAGGCUUGGAAACAUCUACAAUGGUGUUGAAGAAAUCAUUGGCCUACCAAGCAACCAAGUUUGCUCCGCCCAGGAGAGGAAGAUGUUGGAUGGAGAAAUGGAAGGUUCUCUCGAGCUAGUAGAUCUCUGCAGCACCAUGCAAGAGAUCUUCGUCGAGAUGAAAGCCAUUAUCCAAGAGCUGCAAGUGGCACUAAGAAAAGGAGAUGAAGAAGCUUCUCAAGCCAAGAUCCAGUCUUACACUCUCUUGACGAAGAAGGCCAAGAAACAUUUCAAGAAGACCGCAUAG